AUGGAAGACAUGGAAAAUGGAACUGAAGUGACUGAAAUUGUGCUUGUGGGUCUCUCUAGCCAUCCUCAAGUACGAGUUGCACUGUUCUUUAUCUUCCUGGCUAUGUAUUUGGUCACUGUAGGUGGGAAUGGACUCAUUGUUACACUGAUUGUGACCAAUUCCCACCUUCAUACACCCAUGUAUUUCUUCCUUAGCAACCUUUCCUUCAUUGACGUCUGCUACGUUACCACUUCUGUCCCACAGAUGUUGGCACACUGCUUCACAGACAGACCCAUUAUCCCGCGAGGCCGAUGUACAGCCCAGAUGAGCAUCGCUCUCUUCUUGGCAGUAGCAGAAUAUCUUCUGCUCGCCGUUAUGGCAUAUGAUCGCUAUAUAGCAAUAUGCAGCCCCCUGCACUACAGUCUAAUCAUGAGCCGGAAGGUGUGCAUCCUCCUGGCAUCUGGUUUGUGGGUCUCCUCCUUCUUCUUGACCAUUGUCCCUGUCUUUGGCAUGCAAGGUCGUACGUGCGGACGCAAUGUGGUGAAUCAUUUCAUGUGCGAACUCCAGGCAGUGUCGAAACUGGUUUGCUCAGAUACCCGUGCCGGUGACUUGGUUAUGAUGAUGCUUAGUGUCUUCACCCUGCUCAUUCCAUUUGCAUUCAUCUUGGUGACCUAUGGGCGCAUUGGUCUGGCUGUGCUGCACGUUCGGUCAGACCACGGAUGGGGUAAGGCCUUGUCAACUUGUGGGUCCCACCUGGUUGUGGUGGUAAUCUGCUAUGGCACAACCAUGGCCUUGUACUUGCGGCCUCCGAAGAAGACAUUCACUAACAGAGAGAAGGUAACAUCAGUGUUCUAUGCGGUUGUUAUACCUAUGCUGAACCCUUUAAUCUACAGCCUGAGAAACAGAGAUGUAAAAGGAGCUCUGUGGAAGGCACUUGGCAGAAAGCAGGAUCAGAAUAUUGCUAGCACCUAG